AGCAAUAGUUGUCUUGGACCUUGGCAUUGGUAGAAGCUUUGAAGCUCAAAAAAAGCCUAACAAAUACUGUUACGGAAAUUAUAUUGAGAGCAAUGAACUAUUCUCCUAAAUUUCCAGUCCAAUGGCUUCCAUUCAUGGUUAUGGUUCUUUCAAUUUUGUUGACCGGCAUCUCCGCUGGCCGGACCGACAUUCCGAGGCUCAGCCCUACGAGAGGAGUAAUCAUUGAACACCCUGAUUUUCUAUCGUCUGCAACAGUUUCAGAUCUUCGAACUUUUUAUUACCCUCAAACACUUGAUCACUUCAACUACCAACCUCAAAGCUACGCCACUUUCCAACAAAGAUACGUCAUGAAUUUCAAGUAUUGGGGCGGAGCAAAGAAGAGUGCGCCGGUUUUAGCCUAUCUCGGAGCCGAGGGGCCUCUCGACGGCGAUCUUACCGUAAUCGGUUUUCUCAAUGAUAAUGCCGUCCGCUUCAAUGCUCUUCUCGUCUACAUUGAGCAUCGAUACUAUGGGAAAUCAAUACCAUUUGGAUCAAGAGAAGAAGCCUUUAAAAAUGCAAGCACUUUGGGGUAUUUCAACUCUGCACAAGCUAUAGCUGACUAUGCAGAAAUCAUCAUGCAUAUCAAGAACAAACUUCGUGCUUUUUAUUCUCCGGUCAUCGUUGUUGGAGGAUCCUAUGGAGGAAUGCUUGCUUCAUGGUUACGUUUAAAGUAUCCUCAUGUUGCUUUGGGAGCUUUGGCCUCGUCAGCUCCAAUUCUUUACUUCGACAAAAUUACACCAAGGGGAGCUUACUUUUCAGUCGUCACUAAGGAUUUUAGGGAAGCGAGUGAGACCUGCUACCAAACCAUACGAAAUUCAUGGUCUGUAAUCGACAGAAUUGCUUCCCAACCCAAUGGUCUUUCAACCCUCAGCAUGAUUUUCAAAACUUGCAAACCUUUGAAGAGUUCUUCAGAGCUGAAAAACGAGUUGGAGAAUAUGUAUGCCGUAGCAGCACAAUAUGAUAGACCCCCACGGUAUCCGGUAACGGUGGUAUGUGGAGGAAUCGAUGGAGCAAAUGAAAAGCAAGAUAUUCUUGACAAGAUUUUUGCAGGCGUUGUUGCUUAUAAGGGGAAUCGUUCUUGCUAUAUUAAUCCACCAACCAAUAAAUCCGAAACAGAUGUUGGGUGGAGAUGGCAGACAUGCAGUGAAAUGGUGAUACCCAUAGGCAUCGGGAAAAGGACGAUGUUCCAACCUGAGCCAUUCAACCUAAACUACUUUUUACAAGAAUGCAAGUCACUCUAUGGCGUUCCUCCUCGCCCUCAUUGGGUCACUUCUUACUACGGUGGCCAUAAUAUAGAACUUGUUCUCCACAGAUUUGGUAGCAACAUCAUUUUUUCAAAUGGAUUGCGAGAUCCCUACAGUCGGGGCGGGGUUUUGGAAAACAUUUCGGAAAGUAUUCUUGCCGUACAUACUGUAAAUGGAUCUCAUUGCUUGGAUAUACUUCCAGAAAUGGAAAGCGAUCCAGAAUGGUUGGUGAAGCAACGAGAAACAGAGGUGAAGAUCAUAAAAGGAUGGAUGGCUCAGUACUAUGCUGAUCUCAAAGCCAUUCAAAUUAAACCAUAGGAAUUAAUUAAUUAGUUGCUUCUCUUUAUUAAUUAAUUACCCAGACAAUGUCUAAAUAUACACAUAUGUAUCUUUUUUUCAUGUUGGGUUGAAUCCACUCUAUUUAUACGCUCAAAUCAUAAAUGAUAUAUGUAAUAUGAAUCGGAGUUAACGGUA